AUGUCAGAUUAUGAAGAGUUUGUUGAUUUUGUGGAAUACGCAAGAAGAUUUAGGGAACCAGGACCAAGACGUUAUUUGCGUGAUUAUUCGGAUCCAUUUCAGAAAUAUACUGUUCAAGAAUUUUACUCACGAUAUCGGUUUAUCCCCCAAGCAAUAAAGAAUACCAUAAUGCCAAUGCUAGAACCACAUUUAAAAAAACCUAGCAGCAAAGGUCUGCUAUUUGCUCCAGAAAUAAUGAUUCUCGUUACGUUGAGAUACUAUGCUACUGGGAGUUUUCAAAUGGGAAUGGGGAUCAAAAAGGAAACCGUUGUGGCAGUGAUAUGUGCAUGUGCCACACUGCACGAUAUAUCAACAAUGUUAGACGAUGUCAUGAUGCCUUCUACUGAUGACAAUAUAUUAAUCAGUAACAUCGAUAAUGUUCCUGUACAAGAAAACCCCGACAGUAAUGGUUUUUUGGUUAGACAAUCUGUUGUCAAUAGAUUUUUUUCUCAAUAG